UCUAUUUGUUCUACCUUCGUUGCUGUUUUCCGGCUCCCAACCCUGCCUCCUGGGGCGCAGAGGCAAAGCGAGGAGGCCUCGUCGUCGAGGGAGCAGCAGUGGAGUGUUCAGCGUGACAGUCUGGUAGCCAAGUCCGCCUCUUUGCCACCACCAACCCCACCUGUGGAGCCCCUUUGGAGGGAAACUGGGGGAAUGCUCGGUGCGGAGCGCAGGAAUAGCAGCGCGGGCUGCUCUCGUGUCUGCAGACGUCCUCUGUCCGCCUUCUUAACAUCUACAGACAAGGCGAGUGAAGAGGGCUGGCUAGAGAGAGAAGAGCUGGAGGCCCCAGUGGCCCCAUUCACCGCAGUGACCCAUGUAUUAAUUUAACAAAUGUUGGACGAGCCACUGGCUCGGUUUCCCCACCUGAAGAAAUCAGGUAUUUCUUGAUUGGAGGAGUGGAGAUGAGGGAUCAAUAUUUGUGAAAGGAAAGCCCUUAACAACGCCUGGCACGUUGUAAAAGCUCCAUCAGUGUUUAGCAUAGUUAUCGAUUCAAAAAAACAUUAAUUAGACUUCGUAGAUGAUAGGAACUAUUCCCAUGGGGAUGUACCGGCUCGAAACCCAGCCUUCCCAAGUGUGAAUGGAAAUGUGCUGCCUACUACCUGCUGGGGCUGCAGACGCAAGCACAUGGGUGGGCCCUGAGCCCCACUCGCGGUUCCUCUCCUACAGGCCAGCGCGCGGGCGCACUGGGGGACCCUGAGAAAGGAGACCAUCCCGAGAGCUCAGCGUGGACUGGGGAACGCUGGUCCUCGCCCGGGUUCCAGUACCCUUGCCCAGCUCGGUAAAUUGUGCCUUGUCGCUUUAAGGAGUGUCUCGCCAUGGCGAGGUGGAAAGCCCGGAUGCGGCGCUCUGAUUGGGCGGGGCGUCCAUGACCUCACUCUGGGUACAAAAGGGCCCGGGUGGCGGGCGCUGGGGCAGAGUCCUAGCAGUGUCACAGACUGGGUAGGUUCGAGCAGAGGCGUGAGCGAGCGCGUUGUUCGGAGUGCACCUGCUACCUGCCUUUUCCAGCUCGGAAGUCGCCGCCGUCGAACCACCAUGGAGGUGCAGAAGGAAGCGCAACGUAUCAUGACCCUGUCGGUGUGGAAGAUGUACCAUUCGCGCAUGCAGCGCGGUGGCCUGCGGCUGCACCGGAGUCUGCAGCUGUCGCUAGUCAUGCGCAGCGCCCGGGAGCUCUACCUCUCGGCCAAGGUGGAGGCCCACGAGCCCGAGGUCCCAUUGCCGCCUGCCCGCUCCGCUGACCCUCGCCUGCACCCGCCGCGGGAAGCGGAAGCAGAGGCCAAGGUAGCGCCCCCCGACGGUGAGCAGCCCUCUCUGGAGCCCAUGGACACGCAGGAAGUGUCCCGAGCCCAGGAGACCCAUACCCGCUAUGCCCCGCGCGCCGCCAAAAUCAGCCGCAAGCGGCGAAGCAGCAGCCUGAGCGACGGCGGGGAUAUAGGACUGACCCCGAGCAAGAAAGCCCGCCUAGAAGAAGAAGACCAAGAAGGUGCUUCUUCGGAGGUCUCUGAUCGCCUGCAGCCCCCUCUGGCGCAAGCUGAGGGCGCCUUCCCCAACCUGGCGCGCGUCUUACAGAGGCGCUUCUCCGGCCUCCUGAACUGCAGCCCCGCUGCUCCCACGACGGCGCCGCCGGCGUGCGAGGCAAAGCCGGCCUGCCGCUCCGCGGACAGCAUGUUGAAUGUGCUCGUGCGGGCCGUGGUGGCCUUCUGAGUGCCCCAGAGCUGCGCUGCCGGAGCCCAGAGCGCGGGCCAAACCGUCUGUCCGAGUGUGCAGACCGAGGCAUGGCCCAUCCCCGGGGAGCGCCCGCGGAACCGUGGAGAGAAGCCACCGCCCGGGCUGCUGAGAGGCCCGAAGAGGGACGCUGCCUCCGGGGAGCCGUCCCCGCCUGUGUGUAGUUGCGGCGCCUAGGAGCCUGAGCCGCGGGGUCUCUGGCGCCUUCCGCCGAGACCUGCCGCGCCCACAGGUGCUGUCUUAACGGACUGGGACGUAGACCUUUCCCUUUCCUCCUGGGACUGGGAGUAGGGAGGCUUAGUUCUUUAAAACUCCUCAGGGUCGGACUUUAUUUUUUACUGGGGCUGUGCUGCCCUUUCAAGGUUUUUCAAUAGUUGGUUUCUGCGUUUCCAAACUCAAGAGAAUUCCAGGCGCCCGCCUCCCCCCUCCCGUGGCAUAUUUGUGCAAGCGGUCAUCGUUGCGUCAUGGGGCAGCCGUGGGGAGCUUCCUGUUGCCUUGCGUGGGUGUGGGGCCUGGGAGGAGGGUCUGGGGUGUGGCUGUGGACCGCCCUGGGGGAAUAGGCGAGCGGCUUGAGUCACUUGGCCCCGCGUGUUGCGGGCUAGUGUCCCGCGCCCCUGCGCCUUCCGGUGUAUGUAUGGGGGGCCCUGAUCUAAUUUCAGGUUAAAAAUUGUUCUCAUCUGGUGCAUUAGAGGUGGGAGUAUGUUCAGUUUCAAGCGUGACCUUCCUUCAGAGGCAAACACAAAUCGAUUGGGACAUCCAUAUUCCUGGUCUGAAUCAAAUAUGGAGGGGAGAGAGUCUCUGGAGCGCUGUGGGACUUAGCUGGGACCAGUGGCCGGUGAGACUGGACCAGUUUGGGGAGGGGGGAGGUUCUUGCCAGGGCGUGCUGAGGAGGUUUACCUUUAUUGUGGUGGAAUCUGUUUAACUUCAUCUUUCUGGUCUUUUGCUAGAGAUGCCAGAUAGGAAAAUAAAGACCAUUUGAAUAAAAA